AUUAAUCAUAAUGUGUUUCUGCAAAGAUCCAGGAUUUCCCAGGUAUGCUGAACUUCUACCACAUCACAGUCAUUCAGUUCUUCAAGAGUAACUGGUCUGAGAUCAGAGCCGGUGCUGCCAUGUUCAUUGGGUUUUUGCUUGGAAACCUUCAUGAUGAGCAUUUCUCCCAUAUGAAUAUGGGGUCAGUGACCAAGGGUCUGGUGAUGCUGCUGCAGGAUCCAGAUCCUCUCGUGCGAGUGAAAGCCGCUGAAGCCAUGGGUCAUUUUCACUGACGUUACCUCAACUCUACAGCCAAUCAGAUUGGUCUUUUGAUUUUAAGUUUGUUGCUUUGAAUUAUUGUUCUAAAGGUUUUUUUUUUUUUUUUUUUUUUUGACCAAAGACUGUUCACUAGUUCUGUAAGAAAAGAGACGAAUAAAAAAAGACAUAUAUUGACGUUACAGCACUUUAACUGCAAGUACUCUCAGAUAUACACGGUGUGUGUGUGUGUGUGUGUGUGUGUGUGUGUCUGAUCCCUAGAGGGGGGUUUUCACCUGCGUUGGAUUUUAAUGUAAGGUAUGUACUUUCAAGCCCUUUACAAAUGAGAUAUACUGAAGUUUGUAUGCAAGUACACUGAUAUUGCUGGUAUUACUUGUUUGACCAUUCCUGUAUCCUGCUAAAUGCAUAUCAACACUUCAUUAAAGGGGUCAUGAAUUGACAUGCAAGAGGUCACUGUACAAUAAAAAGCAUUCUAAACGUUUCAGAACUUAAAACAUUCGUUGUUAGUCCAAAAACAUAUUUUAUUGAAACCAAGCUCUGAAAAUGACUCAUUUCAGAUGUUGUCACAUUUAUGACAUAGUGCAAGUAAAGACCGCCCCUGCAGAAUCAGAUCGAUGCCUACUUCUACAUCAUAAAAUCUGGCGUGUUAGUGAGAUGAGAAGAGCGAUAAAUGAUCAUCACUAGACUAAAAAUAACAUUACCUUCUAAAGCAUCCUAAUGAUAGGAAAGUAGGUACAUUUCAUUGUGGAUUCUUCGGUAAAUCAGUCGCAAUUUUGGUGCAAGUUUUGAAAACAGACAGUAAUGCCCAACAUGUAAGUAACGGUUAAUUCUAAUGCCUGAUCUGCAAUCAGUGAUUUCUGAUAUGUAAUGAUUUCUGAUCCGUCAGAUGUUUUUUGUCUCAAAAUCGUUUAUUUCUGUUUAUGUGUCAGUAAAUCAAGCCAAUGAAAAAACGGUCAACUUGACAUCGUUUCUCUUAGUAGCACAAACAUAAUCUGUUAUUUAUAUUGUGAUAAUUAUAAACAUAAAGCAGUGAUAAUUAUAAACAUAAUUUAUGACGCUGUCUACUCCGCACAAUGAAUCUCUUAUAAACAUCUUAUUUGCACUGUUAGUUAAGAUUAAAUUGAGUAGGUCUAAAUAUAAUGUGUAGAGAGUAGAUCUAAAAAUAGACCUAAUGCUAUUUGCAUUAUUAGUUGAUCUAGAUAGCUGCAAUAGUAAAAAUGUAGUAAAAGUGUUUGAGAGUUAGAUGUUAGCCAAUCAUAGAAGUGGGCGUGUACAUCUCACAGCAGACACGCCCCUGAAAACUAGCGGGACUCAAAUUUGAGGGCUAAAAUCAGUGAAGAAAAUUGGCUUUUACAUCUAAAUUAUGACAUUUUCUGAUUUAAAAGUCACACUAACGUUAUAAUUGCACCUCUGAAAACAUAAAAUAAAAAAGUUCAUGACCCCUUUAAAUCAUUAAAAAUGUAUGUAGGAUGAAUCAAUAUAUUAGAAACUACAAUCAACACUGUUUUUCGGGUUAUGAAAUCUGAUGUACUGCUCGGUUUGAGUUUAAUCCUCUAAAAAUGUUAUAAGUAGACUGUUGAGUCAUAUUGGCCACCCUAUACCUUUAGCAAUAAAUCACCGUAAUACGGAUGUGCAUUAGCAUAAUCUGCUUAGCCAUUAACUGCACCUGAAAUCUCCUGUUGUCCUUAAUCAAAAAAGAUAAGCAUUAUAGUGUUUUUGCUGUGACAUCUGUGGUUUCUGAUUGUACCUCAUGCACCAUAGUGAUAAAAACAAAAUUGUGCUUCCUUCUCAUCCAAGUCGGAAAAGUAGACCAUAUUCACUGUAAAAUCUUACAUUGUUCUUACUAAGAUUUUUUUUUGUUAACUUAACUUAAUGUCUAAUAAUUUGUUGAACUUACUUAAAAUUUCUUAGUAAUCUGUACUGUUCGCAUGCUAUGCCUUCUUUACUCAGAAAAACCUUGUAAACAUUACUUGACUGGUUUGAAUACCAUUUAGCAUUUUGAGUACCAUAUAUAUAUAUAUAUAUAUAUAUAUAGCUUUUUUAUUUCAUUAAUUGACCGUUACAAUUUUUUUUUUGCGGUCUCUUGUAAGUAUAACCCCAAUAACGAUAGCAAAUAAAAUUGUAAUGGUAAAAUAAAGCCAAAAAUAGAAAAACAAAGCAAUUAAUUUAUUCAUGCCGCAAUGCACUUUGGGAGUACACUUCCUCCGAUCACAGACAGAAUUAAGUUGACAAAACUUAAAUGGAUUAAGAAUAACUUGAUGCAAUUAAGUUAUGCUUACUUAAUGAAAUUAAGGCAACGAGUUUGCAUAAUAAAAUUAAGUAAAACAUAGAUUUGUAGGUUGAAUUGCAUUAGAGUAUUAAAAGAUUUCUGACAUGUAUCAUACUCGUUUUGCAAAGCGUCUGUGUAGCUGAAACACCAGUGCCAGCCUUUCUGUGGCACUUGUCUUGUUCCGUUUUGUAAGUUACAUUAUAUCGGUGAAAUUAAUGAUAAUUCACAAGUGUCGUCACAGUUUUAGAAUGUUGAGUAUUGAAUUCAUUAAAUUAAUCAUUUUAUCUUAAUAAACAGGACAAAAAAGUGAUGAUUGUAUGGUACAUCUGCUAUUUUUACAAGUUUGCUACCUACUGUACAAUGAGAAACUAUAUAAACACAGACUUGUAAAUCAAACUUUUAAUGUAGCAAUUAGUGGCAGUUAUUCCUGGUCAGGAAUCUCAUGUCGUAAUGACACUGGGAGAAGUCACUGAAAUGGUGUUUGUUUGUUUUUUUCUGGGAUAGAUUUCGGAGCAAUCACACUCACUGAAAGUUUCACAGGUCUGCUGGUCAAUCAUGGUAUCAGGUGUUACGUUUGCAUCUUCAUAUCAAUUUGUUUAAAUGUCUUAGAUUUUUUACAGAAUUGUUUUCUAUCAUGUAAAGCUGAUCUCUGGAUAAUGGAGAUGACAAUAAGUAGAACUGAAUAAAAGUUAUUAGGCUAUAACUGACAACUCAGA